UCCAACCAAAAUAUUAUUAUUCAACGGCCGACCAUACGGAGUGUUGUUUGUAAAUACGAAACGCGGAUAAAACUUGUGUGUGACUUGUUUAACAUAGCAUAAUACCAGCUGAAGUCUCAUCGAGCAGUGAACAGAAAAUAUAUAUAUACAUUGUACGACGACGACAGCGAGAGAAUCACAUUUUUAUUCCUCUUCAUCAUCCAACACACAUUUUAUAUAGGCGGAACCAGAAAAUACACACGGGCGACAAAAAGAAAAUACGCAAUAGCCGAAAAAAAUUUCAACGUUUUUUUUGCGGUAUCGCAAAAUACACUUUUUGCCAAAAUAAAUCUAUACGGUGUUACUAUUUGAUUAUCAUUCUUCGCAUAAAGAAGCAUUUUCACGUUAACAUUUUGUGUUUGAAUCGCUUGAGACGAGAUUCAUUUUUAUUCUCACAAUAAAAAGUGAAUCUCGUAAAAAAAAAUUCUAACCCCACAAAAAACACGCGUUUAAAAUUACAAAAACUUCAAUCAAACUAAACCAUAUAAAUAUAACAUAUAAAACCGGUAUAAACGACAAAUAAUAAAUAAUUUUAAAUAAUUCAGUCGCAAUACGCACUUGUGAAAAAAGUUUUCGACGCACAUUUACUUGCGAGAAGCAAACGCAAACGUUAGUUUGUUUGUCUUUCUUCCGUGCUGUGACUAGCCGAAUACUGAACGACAGAAAAAAAACACGCGCUCCGUGCUUACACAUAGUCAUUUGAUAAAUUGAAUUCAAUAAUUUAAAAAAAAGAAUAAGCUUGUUAACCAAAGCUGAUUAAUUGAGAACAAUUUAAGCGAAACAUUUAAACAUAACCAAAAUAGAAUUUUGUGCGAGUGUCAAAAGUUGUGAGCUGACAAUUGUUUCGUAUUUCGGUGGAAACAAAAAAUAAACGGGAAAAAAAGUAAAAAUGGAAAUUGAAAACGUGCCAAUCGACGCGGUCGUAUUGAGUAGCAGUCCAAAGAGUGAGAAUGGAGUUGUUGCCAAUGGAACGGCAAACGGUGAAAAUGGAACGGCUGCCAUGAAAAAGCCAUCACCACCAUCCGAAGGAAAGAAGCGUUCGAAGAAAAUUGCACGGCAAAAUAGUCGUGAGGGACAACAACCAAAUCAUCAUUUGAAUGGUUCGUUGAAUGGUUUUAUUGCACCGCAACGCAGAUGGAAAAAUUCAAGACGAUCGCGUAAUGGACACGGUCGUGGUUUGCCAAAGAAAAAUGGUGGCGGCGGUAAAGGUAUCUGGGGUUUGCCCGGUUCGGAAAUUCUUGAAGAGCCAUUGGAAAUUGAUCGUAAUGAUCCAAAUUAUGAUCCAACGGAAGUCAAUGAUGGCAACAUUGAACUUAAAGAAGUGGUCGCCGAAACGACACCAGAAGAAUUCUUCAAAAUGAUUGAACCAAUAAUUUUGGAGUAUUUUGAGCACGGUGAUACAAACGAAGUGUCCAUAAGCCUCGAUGAAAUUAUUAUCGGCUCAUUACGACCAUUAGUCACCACUUACUCAGUACAAAUUGCACUGGAUCACAAAGAUUCACAACGAGAAAUGGUCUCGGUGCUCAUUUCUGAUCUCUAUGCACGGGUUGUAACUUCACGCGAUAUCGCAAAGGGUUACGACAUGCUUCUAGCGAAUUUGCCCGAUUUAAUAUUGGACACACCGGAAGCUCCAACUUUGCUUGGCAAUUUCAUUGCACGAUCGGUGGCCGAUGAUUGUAUCCCACCGAAAUACGUUACCAAUCCCGAUAACGCUGAUCAAUUGAAUGAAUAUGCAUUGGCAGCUAUAAAACGUGCCGAAGCAUUGUUAUCGUUGAAACAAGGAUGGGCACAUUUGGACAAUAUUUGGGGUAAAGCUGGCCCAUUGCGACCAGUCAAAAACAUCACAAAACAAAUGACAUUAUUAUUGAAGGAAUACAUUUCAUCGCGUGACUUUGACGAGGCAGCUCGUUGUUUGCGUGCACUUGAAGUGCCACAUUAUCAUCAUGAAUUGGUGUACGAAGCCGUUCUCAUGGCAAUGGAAUCGGUGAAUCAACAAACCGGAGAGGCAAUGUGUACAUUGCUCAAAGCAAUGGAUGAAGCAUGCCUCAUUUUACCGGCUCAAAUGGAACAAGGUUUUCAACGUGUGUAUGAGGAUAUGCCGGACAUUGUGUUGGACGUACCUCUCGCGUACAUUAUGCUGGAUAAAUUCGUGACCGAAAAAUGCGGUAUAGAGGGCUUUUUAUCUGAAAAGAUCAUAAAGGGCAUGCCGUCCAGAGGACGCAAGCGUUUCGUAUCUGAAGGCGAUGGCGGUCAUAUCAAACCCGAAACGUUGAACUAUCGUGAUUGAAUUCAUUUGAACUCGUAACCAAUAUACCUCAAAUCACUGCAAAACUAAAUGAUGAAGAUGCAAACAGCAACCAACACAUACACAAUAUUUAACAAAAUUAUACACAAUUUGAAACGAACGAGUCGCAGAGAUAAAUUGCAAUUGAUUAGAUUAUUUUCAAAAGGAAACAGAGAGUAAUGAAACGAAACAACAACAACUUCAUCAAAAAAAUAAUAAUAUUGAACAAUUUAAUUUGAUUUUUUCCGCUUGGAUUUUCCUCAUUUUCGAUGAACAAUCUUUGUGAACAUACACACAAACAACAUUUUAGAAAGAGAAAAAUGUACAACAAUUCAAUGGUCAUUCAAAAGCUAGAACUUUUGAUCAUCUUCUGAACAAAUAUUGGCAAAUAUUGAAAGAGAAAAACAAAACGUUUACAAUGAUAGUAAAACAAAACGUUCAUGUCAUUGAAAAUUUAAUCGAAGAAUUUUUAUCUUCUCUUUUUCUAUAUUAGAUUACGUUUUUCUUUGAAAGAUGAAAACAAAAUGAAAACUUUAUAUAAUCAAGUUAUUGAUUGAUAAAAAUCUAUAUAAGAUGACAAAAAUAUGAAUAAAAAUGAUGAAUAAAGAGAACAUUCAAAAAAAAAAAAAAAU